CUCAUUCACACACUCAGCCAUUCGUGCAGAAAGAAUUAGACCGACCCCUUGACAGCCUCGGCUGGUACUGGAAAUUCCAGACCAAUACGCCGUGUAAGGGCCGUGCUGCGUCGCGUCGCAUCCUUUCCGCUUCGUUUCAUUCACGCACAACACAUCCAAACGUCUUUCAUCCAUCAUCUGGCAUACUUCCUCAAUCUUAUCCUUCAUUCCUCCUCUUACAUUCAUCGUCGCAAAGCGGCUUUCAGCAGACCGCAUACCGCUCCCGCCGGGAACGAGACGUGAUGGGGUGCGGACACCAUCGCCGCCAUUUAGAUGGCAAGUGUGAUAGUGAUAUUGAAAGGAGAGUGAACGCGGGGAACAUGGUGAAUGGAGCUUUGCAUGCCUUUAUGAGCAGUCAGAAACUAUCCAAAAAGGCUCGACUGGCUGUGCACAGGGGCGUGUUGGUCCCGACAUUAAUGUAUGGGAGUGAAAGUUGGGUAUGGCAAAAGAAGCACGAAAGCAGAAUAAAUGCAGUGGAAAUGAGAGCGUUAAGGAGUAUGUUGGGUGUGAAAUUGAGUGACCGGAUAAGGAACAGCGUGAUAAGGGAAUGUUGUGAUGUGAAAGAAGAUGUAGUUACAGGAAUAGAAAAGGGUAUGUUGAGAUGGUUCGGUCAUGUGGAGAGGAUGAAUGAAAACAGGUUGACUAAGCAGAUAUACAAGGAGAGUGUGGAGGGAAAGGUCGGGGUGGGAAGACCUAGACGAACAUAUCUUGAUCAAAUUAAGGACGUCCUGGUGAAGGGUCAGGUCAAAAGUGCCCGAAACCGCCGAGCUUGCAUGAAGAGAGUUAUGAAUGUGGAUGAAGCAAAGGAAGUAUGCAGGGAUCGUGGCAAGUGGAAAGAGAAUAAUUUGAUAAUGUCUGUUUAG